AUGCCUACAGGACUUGGAAAGAAGGUGGUGAAGCGAUCCACAGAUUGUGGAGAGACACCAUCCUAUGACAGCAAAGUCAUUGCUCCAAGAAAUCCUAAGCUCAUUAAAGAAAUUGAAACCCCUGAAGUCAAGUUUUCACCAUCGAUAUUCAUGAAGGAGAUGGCACAGACAACAGAGGAAAAGUUGUCUAACACACAUGAGAUGAGAUUGCCAAGGAUUAUUGAACUACUUGAUAUGGGUGAUACAACACAUCAGAAGUUUACACAAUUGGAUGUUGAUGAACCAAUGUUUCAACCAUUUCCAUCUGAUAUUACUUUCCAACAAUAUGAACCCUGUGAAGUUUAUGAAGUACCACUUUUACUAAGGAACAAUGACAAGGUUCCCAGACUGAUCAAAGUAUACCAGACUGAUUCUCCCUAUUUUAAGGUUAUCAGCCCACCUAAUGUUGGACAUAAAGUAGCACCGGGUUGUGCUUCUAUUUUCAAAAUACAGUUUACUCCUGAAGAGAAAAAGGAUUAUACCCAUGAACUCAUUUGCAUGACAGAGAAAGAAAAGUUUAUCAUUCCCGUCCGAUGUAUAGGUGCUCGUGCACUAUUAGAUUUUCCAGAUGAUGUUAAUUUUGCUACUUGUCCCGUCAAAUAUCCGUCCAGUAGAACUUUACUUGUUAGAAAUGUUGGCAACAAGGAGGCAAGGUUUGCCUUAAGCACUGAGAAGCCAUUUACUGUAAAUCCACCCAAUGGUAUUUUAGCCAGCAAUGAGAGUAUGCAAAUAGAGAUUGUAUUUCAACCAAUGAAGAUAGGAAGUCAUUUUGGUGAAUUAGUGCUGCACUAUGAUUCAGGUGAAAAUAUAUUCGUCAAUCUUUAUGGCGGUGCUAUUGAUUCCAAUGUUAGGUUAGACAAAAAUUCACUACGAAUAGAAAACACAUAUAUCUCCAUGGCAAACCAAAGAACAGUCACAAUCAGUAACAGGAGUGACGUUAUUGUACACUAUCAGUGGAAACCAUUUGCAACUCAAGAAGAAGAGGACCAGCAAAAACAAAGAUUUUGUCAAGACCUUGGUGCUGAAGAAGAGAUGGAAAGAGACAGAUUUCUGGAAGAGUGUAUUACUGAUCCAACACUCCGUGAUAAAAUGUCUUUGCUGACAAGAACAUUCAAAAACAGAAGACGUCUUGUGGCCGGCGACAGUAUGCUGUUUUCUGAUGAUGUAUUUACAAUUGAGCCGGUGGAAGGAGAUAUCUGGCCCAAUACUUCAGCAGAAGUUGAAGUCAUCUUUCAACCGCAGGAAGCUAGAGCCUACCAGUGUACAGCAUUCUGUGAUAUCACUGGGAGGGAGUCACGCCUACCAUUGCGUAUCCGUGGUGACGGCAUUGGUCCUAACAUCCAUUUAGCAUUUGAUGAAUUAGAUAUGGGCAACAUCUUUGUAGGAUCAACACAUAGCUAUGAGGUGGUAAUGACAAACAGAGGUGACAUUGAUGCAAUUUACAAUUUGAAUUCAACAGUCUCAACAUUUGGACCAAAAUUUAGUUUUAAUCCAAGUGAAGGGAUUGUGCUUCCUGGUGGUCAUCAAGCCAUACAGAUUAACUUCUGUUCUCCACUGCUUGGGGACUUCAAUGAAGAUUUCUACUUUACUGUGGAUGGGUCUCCUCAUAGACUCAAACUGAACUUCAAAGGCUGUGUUAUUGGACCAACUUUCCAUUUUGAUAUUCCUAAACUUAAGUUUGGGUCUGUGUCAUACGGUUUCAAGAGUACUCAAUGUACUACACUUUUCAACACUUCACUGGUUCCAAUGACAUUUCAUCUACGUGUACCAGGCGAUGGCACAGGAGAUGUAGUUAACGCUGCAAUAGACGAUACAUUAAAUAAGACACUUGGCAUUGCACCAAGCAAGGAAUUUACUCUUAUACCAAGCACAGGCACAAUAGAUCCUCAGAGUCAAGUUGAAAUUAAGGUUGAAUUGAUUUCAAACACCAUUAAAAAGUAUGACAUGUCUGUGGUUGUUGAUAUUGAUGGUGUUGGUGAAGAAAUACUUUCUCUUCCGAUAUCUGCCAAGUGUGUGGUGCCUGCCAUUGCCGUGGUUACACCAAUACUAGACUACAAGAGAUGUUUCCUCAACCAUCCAUAUGAACAGAAUGUACAGUUAUACAAUGAUUCAGAUUUGCCAGCCAAGUAUGACUUGUUACCACAGGAAGUUGAUGAUUUAUCGCCGAUACUUUACAAUAGUCCAGUACCUAGUGGAAUCAUAGCUCCACACUCUGUGGUUGAAGUACCAGUUGUCAUUACACCACAAGCACUUGAAGAGCUAGAUAUCAAUUCAUUCUUUAAGAUCUUUGGUAGUAUAGAGCCACCAAUGCAUGUCCAGUUGUCAUGCGUUGGUGAAGGACCAGUGGUACAUGUCUCACCAACAGAUAUUGAUUAUGGAAAUACUCAAGUAUUGACAGAUAUAAGUCGAACUGUGAUUUUGUCUAAUGAAUCGCUCAUACCCGCGCAUUUCACAUGCCAAAUGGUUCGAUCUAAUUCAGUGUGGAAAGUGGAACCAAAGGAAGGUAUUAUUCCACCUGAGGAUUCUCUUGCCUUAACAGUUACAUGUAAUCUAGAUGAUUGCAUUCGAUUCCAAGACAAGCUUGCCAUCAACUUUAUCAAUAGCCAAGUACGUAUGAUAUCCGUGAUGGCACAUGGUCAAGGUACUACCAUAGUGUCAGAACCUCCCCUCACACCUGCUGUUGACUUGGGACCACAUUUCAGCAACAAACCUUGCGUACGCAUCUUUAAACUGACUAAUAGUGGGCGUCGUCAUCAGCAGAUGUUUUGGAGUACUGAAGGGUUUCUGCCACAGAAGAACAGAAAACUGCCCAGUAUCAAUGCCAAAGACAUCAAAUAUCAGCGCCUACCAAAACCACCACAAACACCAAGACCAGUAUUUUCUCUUACUCCGUCCAGAUUUGAAUUGGAACCUGGACAAUCUAUUGAUGUUUUAUUGGAAGGAUUCUCAGAUACUCCAAAAGUGGUGAAAGAAAGAAUGGUGUGUCAUGCUAUAAUUGGGAGAGCUAGUGGGAAAGAAAGAAUCAUGAAAACAGACAUUAAUGUUGAAUUCAUUACACCAUUAUUAGAGUUCUCAACUAAACAGAUUGCAUUCAGAGUUGAAAAGGGGCCUGAUGAUGUCUUGGAAAAACAACAAGGUGAGCUUGAGUUGCAUAAUGUGUCGUCAUUGCCUCUCUCUACUAUGCUGGUGCUGGAAUAUCCUUUCCAGAUUGUCACAGAAGACGGAACAGAAGUGUCUGAAAUGGAGUUGAACAUGGAGUUAGAUCAGAAGACACUGAUCAAGAUUACUUUUGAUCCAGAUUAUCAGGAAGAUAACUAUACCAGAACUGCUGAUGUUUUACUAAAGGUGUCAUAUAAAGAACAUCCACAUGUGGAUUAUAUAAACUUGAUAGGAGAAGUGUUCUUUCCCAACCUCACUUUUGAGAAGAUGGAUGUAGAUUUUGGUUGUAUUCUGAAUGAUACUGAAGUGACUCGCUAUGUGAAUAUCGCCAACAACAGUCCCAUGCCAGUCAAGUACCAGUGGUCUUUCCUGGAACCCGAGGAAGAGAUUGUGAUUUACCCAAAAGGUGGUGGUGAUGCAGAUGUUGAGAGUGAUCAAGAGUUGGCAGACAAUGAGGAAGUAGAUGUACAGAUUGAUGAUGCUGAUGAAGCAGAUGAAGAAGAAGAUGAACAGGAAGCUGAAAAAGAUGAAGAAAAGCCAGAAGAAGAAACUACAGAAACCCACCCUGAGGAAAAAAAGGUGAAUGAAACUGAACAAAAACAUGUUGUGAUUGAUUCAGAUAAAAAAGAUGAUGAUGAAGAUGAGGAUGAUAACCAAGAAAAACAAGAUGAAACGAAAGAAGAAAUGCAAGAUAGAGGGAAAAAGGAGGCUGGGGCAGAUGGAAUUCUCAAAGGACGAAAUGCAUCCAUGGUUGUAAUAGAUGAAACAACCUUACCUACUAGAGCUUCAGCAAGCAAAGAAGAUAGUGAUACAGUUGGGAUAUCUAAAUUGCCAUGGUUACAAGGUAUCAAUGAACCAACUACAUGUGGUAUUGAAGAGGUAUUUGACAUCCUGCCACUGUAUGGUAUGUUGUUACCGGGUGAGAAUGAACGUAUUACGUUUACCUUUUAUGGGCAUGCUGACAUUGGCAUUGGCGCCAAAGCUAUUUGUGAUGUGGAAGGUGGUCCUAGAUAUGAACUCUCAUUGACUGGUGAAGCUUCCCUGGUUCAAUACACAUUUGAUACUAAUGACAUUGACUAUGGAAAACAGAUGUAUGAUGAAGUUGCUGAAGCGGAGAUUAUUCUUGAGAACACUGGCAAAGUAGGGUUUGAUUUUGUCGCUCUCAAUAUGGACCCAUCCACUCAGGAUAAACCAAUGCCAGGAAUUCCAAUAAUGAUUCCACAUAGUGGUCAUAUUGAAGCUCAUAGUGCUCAGAGACUUGUUAUCAAGUUCCUACCAGGAGUACCUGAAAAGUUCCAUAAGAGUUUUGAGAUUCAAGUUGCUCAUUUUGAGCCAGACAUUAUUAACAUUCGAGGAGAAGGAGUUUUCCCAAGAGUGUCAUUAGACUUACCUCGAUAUGCAGAUGAAGAGGGACACUAUACAUCUUUGAUGAAAGAAACCAAAGAAAGGCUAGGUACAGAUACUCAAAAACCAGAUAAGGAAGACAGAUUGCCAAGCAGUGGUUCACCAACUCCCAGAGACGCAGUGGAUGAUACCAAGUCAAUUGCAUCAGUUCAGAAUGAAUUCCCAUCUGAGUUGGAAAUGCAGAUGGAAGUGGAACGAAUGAUUGUUAAAGAGUUUGCCUCAGAGCAUCAAAUAGAUUUAAUGAUGAGUAGAGCUGACUCCAUUGCUGCUAAUACUGCUGCAGAUGCACAGUUAAAUGAACCAUCUUCUCGUAUUCCUACAAGUCACUCUUCAAAGACAAAGAAAAUGAAGAAGCCAAAGUGCAGAUUACCAGACUAUUGCCUAGACUUUGGUUAUGUUGUUUUGGGUACAGUUCGUACACACAUAGUCCGUGCUACCAAUACCGGUUACUUUCCAGUCUCAUUUUCAGUUGACCGCCACAGCUUGCUUAGCACUGGAUUCAAUGUAGAGUUGGAUCGUGUUCGUAAUUUGCCUGGUUUUCCGGAUCAGGAGACUGUAGACUUUGUUGUCAGCUUUGAUCCACGGGGAGCCAAUCUUGGUCUUGGUGACAUUGAGACUUUGGUACCCAUCAAUAUUGUGAAUGGACCAUGUGUGUUUAUUAGAUUGAAAGCUAAUGUAACCAUGCCUGAUAUGGAAAUCUCAACCGAUACUUUGGACUUCGCAACUGUGCUGUGUGGACAGUGUAAGGUGAUUACUGUACAGUUACAUAACCAUAAACAUGUACGCUGUGAGUGGUCCUCAAAACCAACGGAUAAAGAGAAAAGAAAGAUUGAUAAGCAUAUACCUUUGCAUGUGAGAAAAAAGAUGAAACCUGAAAAACCUAAACCACGUAACUUUGAAAUGAUGCCUCCAGAUGGUUUUCUUUUACCAGGACAGAGAGUAAAUGUACAAGUCAAAUUUAUGCCAACUGAAGAGAAACUGUAUUGUGAGAGAUUGGCCAUCAGACUGGCUCAAAGCAGUCAGCGUAUAUUGUUGAUGGUAAAUGGUCAGGGUCAAGAACCCAAACUGGAGUUUUCCACUUCACUUCUAGAAUUUGGUCCUAUACUACCACACAGCCAGGGUGAUGAAGUAGAAGUCACUGUUAAAAAUCCCUCUGAACAUCCUGUAGAAUUCUACUCACUGGAAUUUGAUACACAAUAUUUGGAAGAAGAAAAGAUAUUACGUAUGAUGAAAGGUUAUGAUGACAAUAAUACAAUUCUUUUGCCACCACGGCCUGCUGGUCACAAGCUACCAUCAGAACUCGUUGAUUUUUAUGCAGAGCAGCAAAAGAAACAGGAGGAAGAAGAAAAAGAAAGAAAUGAAGCUGCAGCAGCAGCAAUAGCUGCUCAACAGACUGCAGAGAAUGAAGAGGGUGCAGAAGAUGGUGUGGCCCAGUCUGAAGAUCAAGCUGCAGCCAUUGUCACAACUGGACCAUCUCCCCGUCCUCCUAGUAGUAUUCAUGAUAGUGAGAAAGACAGGAGAAGUGAAAAGGCAAGUGCUGACAAAUCAGAGCGAAGUCACAAAGAUGUUGAAAUGUCAGAAACUGAGAAACCAACGGAAACAAAGGAUGAUGAGGAAGAUGGGAAAGACAAGAAAGAUUCUGCAAGCAACGUAGGUGUUGGAGAAUUAGAAAUAACCCCUGUAUCUGCUGCUAUAGCCCGUCAUCUUGGUAUUGAUUUGACACCAGAGGGUAGUGCUGCUCGCAAUAGACGAGGCAUAGCCAUAUGUGUGCAAGGUGCACCAAUGUCUGGAAAAACCACAACUGCUAUAGCUUUGGCUAAGUAUUAUAACACAGCUUUAUUGACUGUCGAUGGUGUCGUAUUGGAAGCUAUUUCAAACGGUGCAUCAUCCGCUGGUCUCCGUGCAAGAGAACUCUGCUCUCAGGCUGCCAAGGCACAGCUGUUAAAAGAAGGAGAAGGAAGUGAUGCUGAAGCAAAAGCAGCUGGUGCCGGUGGUCUCAGUGUAGAAGCUGUUGCAGCUCAUGCUGCUCAAGGAGGUGGUUCAGUUGUGUCUUUCCGAGCGGAAUCUCAGCUGGCUGUAUCAAGGCACUCUCGCUUAGCGCAAGGCCAUAAACCAGCACACAGUACCAUUGGAAGCAAAGCUGAUGGAGAGGAUAGUAAACCAGAGAAGAAGGAUAAAAAAGAGAAGAAAGCGGACACAGACAAUACUACACAGCUCAGUGGAAGCCCUCCUCCAGCUGCACCCAUUGCUCGUAGACUGAGUGUAAGUGCUAGUGUAGCUGGUGAGGAGGGCCUCAUGAGCUGUAUAUUGCCUGAAGAUCUGCUUGUGGAAAUUCUAGCCGAACGCCUCCAGCUCAAUGAUUGCCACCGUGGUGUUGUCUUUGAUGGUUUGGAGACUAUGUUUAGCCAGUCUUUAUUAACUGCAACUCAUGUCCUACUGAAAGCGUUCAACAACAGAAAACACCUGUUUUUUAUCACUUUGAAACUGGAACAAUCAGUCCUUCAAGCCAGAGAAAAGAAAGCUCGUGAAGAAAGAGAGCGCCAAGCAAAGCUAGAAGAGGAAGAAGAAAAGAGAGCUUUAGAAGAGAUGAGUGAAGAUGAAUAUGAUUCCCUAAGUGAUGAGCAGAAAGCAGAUGUGGACAUGAAGAGAUUGAAAUCUAAGAAAGAACGAUUAAAAAGGGAACAAGAGGAACGUCUUGAAAGAGAAAGAAGAGAAAGAGAGUUAAGGCAGCUAGAAGAAGAAAGAAGACAGGAAGAAGAAAAAGCAAAGCACAAGAAAGGUCAUAAAGGCAGAGAGAAAGAAAAAGAGAAAGAAGGGAAGGGUGGACCUCCUGGGGCUAAAAGUAAAGACGCAAAAGUUGGCGGUACAGGAAGCAAAGAUGUGGUGAAGCAAGGAGAUAAGCAUAAAGAUAAAGAACGCGAUAAGGAUAAAGACAGAGACAGAGAUAGGGAGGCUUCAGACCAUGGUUUAAAAGCAGCCCAAUCUGCUGUCACUGAUAGACCUGAAUCACAUGGUACAGCUGGUAGUGAGUCAUUUGUAGAUGAAUUAACAAAGAGAAGAAAAAGUAAAAAAGAUGAAAAAGGUCGUCCAAUUUCAACGGAAGUUGCCUCAAAAGAAGCCAUUGGGGAUGGAGAACCUGAGAGAGAUCCAGCCAAAGAGGCUGAAAUCAUGCUGACCAAUAGAUUCCGCGCCUUCGAGCAUUGCUAUAAAGACAUUGAGAAAUUACUAAACCGAUGGGAUAGAAAUCAGGGAAUCACUGUACCUGAUCCUACCGCUGAUGCAUCAGACGUUGAUGAGCAACAGAUCCCAGUACAUCCACCCUCUGGUAAGAAAUUGAAAGGAAGGGAUAAGGAGAAGGAACGUGAAAGACUGGAGCGAGAGAGAAUGGAACGAGAAAGAAUUGAAAAAGAAAGAGCUGAGAAGGAAAAGCAGGCAGCAGCUGCAGCUGCUGCAGAAAGCCAGGAUGGCACUGAGGCACCAGAAGGCACUGACAAUGAAGAGAAGAAACAGGAAGAACCAAAGAAUGAAGUUGGUAUUGCAAAUAUUAUCAUGGAUGUUGCAGAGCUGGAGAUGACUUUAGGACAGCAAAUAUUAGAUACUAACAGAUUGCCUUCUGCAGUAGAGGUUUUGGAUGGUUUAGGUCUUGGUCCAAGUGGUCCUCCUGUUCCACCACCUGCCAAUUUCUCUGUUGUUCCAUAUCCGGUUAAACGUAAACCACCUCCUGGUGGAGAAGUUUCUGCCCAUUAUCUAUUUGUUGCUUCAUCUCCAGAUGACCCGAAUAUUGGGCAGGAAGAAAAACCUAAAGAGGUGGAACCAGAACCAGAAGCAGCCACACCUGAUAAAGGAAGAGAUAAGGAUGAUCAUCCUACUCCUACUGGUAAAGGCAAAGGCAAGGACAAAUUAAGAGCUGGUGCUGAAAGCCAAUCAGGACGUCGUAAAUCAGCUGGUAAAGGCAGAAGUCGUAAGGGAUCUCUAACUGUUACCUCGCCACCACCAGGCACUACAACACCAAUGUCAGAUGCAGAUGGACAAAGUAGUACUGCUGGUGAAACAGCAGCCUUACAGGAACCCAAGAAUCCAAGGUUGUCUAUUUUCCGAUGGAUGUUGCAAGCCAAUUCUGAAGUGAUAUUACGAAUACGUUUCCAAUCUGAGGAACUAGGUCAGUUUGACCAGACAUUGAACUUUGAAAUAGUUGGAACCCGGAGACGUUAUCAGCUAUAUUGUCGUGGUAUAUGUGCAUUUCCCAAUAUCAGUAGGGAACCAAGAAUUGUAUUCCCGCAUCGGAAGAAAAGCAGAAAAACAGAUGAGAUUGUCCACAAGAAAUUCAUCCUGAACAAUGAGACAUUAGAGUUUGGGCCUCUCCUAAAUGGCAAGUCUAGAGAACGAUACAAGGAAGGGAAAUACCCAGAAAACCUUGAGACCAUGACUGUGUUGAAUACAUCUCCACUAGAAGCAGACAUAAGUUUUUGUUUCCAGAAUGAUAGCCAAGCUGAAACAUGGUUGUUAGAUCCACCUAAUAUGUUACUGAAACCUGGUCAAUCACAGGAACUUACUGUAUGGGCUUACCCUAAGAAUAAAGGAUUCUUUGAAGACCAGAUAGUAUGCUGUAUUCGGGAGAAUCCAGAGCCUGUCCUAUUCAAAGUAUCUUGCUAUGGUGUCAGACCUGAACUAGAACUGGAUAAAAAGACUCUACAUUUUGAAAGAGUACUUUUGCAUAGGAAGGACACCAAAACUAUCUAUCUUCGCAAUAGUACCUUGCUUCCCGUUGCCUGGAAGGUCAAUGGUCUGGAAAAUUUAGGUGAUGACUUCUCCAUGCCACAGGAGCAAGGAAUCAUUGAACCCAAAUCAGAGUAUCCCUUACAAGCUCAUUUCAGGGCAAUGAAGCCAAUUAAUCUCAAGAAGAUUAUUCGACUUGAGGUAUCUGAUGUGGAUAACAUUGUGGGUCUACUCCAUUCUGAGAAUGUUCAAGUACAGGCUGAGGCAUAUGAUGUUGCUUUAGACAUGAGUUUCCCAAGAGGAGCCGAUGGCGGGCUAGACUUUGGUAUUAUCCGUGUUAUGGAUGAAACCAAGCAAACAUGUUCUAUCAAGAACAAGGGCAAAUAUGAAAUUCAGUAUGCAUUUCAAUUUGAUCAAACAGAGGACAUGAAAGAUGUGUCGCCACUCUUUUCAGUAUUACCUCAAAAAGGUACACUGAUAAACAGUGACAGACCAACUCAGGUACAAGUGAUAUUCCGAUCUAGAGAAGAGAUCACUAUAAGGGAUCAGCCAGUUCUCAAGUGUCAGGUAAUAGAACCAAACAUCACUGAUGGUGGAGAGACUAUUGCUAGCAUUCCUGUCAAACUAAGUGUACGCGCAGUGUUUAGUAAAUACACUAUCUCACCAGUUAACGAUAUUAACUUUGGGUCUAUGUUGCUGAAUCAACGUAGAACUAGAACAUUUACCAUUGAAAACAAGGGAGAGUUUGACUUCAAGUACACCAUUUCUAAGAUGAUCAAAGAUGUACCAAUACAGACUCAACAACAAAAGGGUAGAAUGCAAGUCCCUGGUAGGCGCAGUCGGUCAAGGGAUGGGUCCAGCUCUGGACGCUCUAUCGCCAGACCAAGGCGUGCAGAGUCAAUAAGGCAAGAAAUGGGUGGCGGCGGUGGUGGUGCUAACCAGACACGUCUUAUGCUGGGACCAUUCACAGUAUACCCUGCAUUUGGAUUGGUAAUGCCAGGUGCACAGCAGAUUAUAACAGUGGACUGUGGUCCAGAGGCAGUUAACAAGUUUGAAGAGGAUAUCUGCAUUGAUAUCAGUGACAGAGACCCUAAAGAUCACCCACAAGGCAUCCCCUACAAACUCAUAUCUGAGUCCUGUGUACCAGGCAUUGAUACCAAUGAUGUUGGUGCCAUAUUUGAAGAGCAUCGUGUUUGUAAGAAUCUUAGUGUGUUCCUCAACAACCACACCUUGGAGUUAGACAGUGGUGGUGUCUUUGGAGAAGAUGAGAACAAAUUUGUAUUUGGUAAUGUUAUUGUGGGUAGGAAAGCAAAAGCCAGGUUCAAGAUUAUCAAUAACAACAAGGUCCCAUGUGAUGUGGUGUUUACUUGCAAGCCAGUCUCGUCAAAACCGUCUUCUAAGCUGCAAGAUAUUUUUGAAAUUGAACCAAACCGUGUUUCGAUACCAGCUCACAGUCAUACUUAUGCCACAGUGAAGUUUACACCACCCUCUAUGCAGACAUAUACAGCUUAUUUUGAGGCUGCAAUAGAUGGAUUGUCCGGUGCAUUAGCCAAACAAAGGAACCUAGCAUUUGAAGUACAAGGUGAAGGCAAUCUACCUAGAAUCGUCAUCAAGAAACCAACUAUUCGGAAUAAGAAAGGAAACAACUUGUUGCUCUUCCAGAGGAUCUUGAUUGGACGUAAUCAGAUUCUACCAUUGAUUCUGAAGAAUGAAGGCACUCUGCCAAGUAAAGUUGAUAUUGAUUUGGAAUCACUGGAUGGGGCUUUCACUUUGAAGAACUGUAAAGAUACACAGUUGAUUUAUCCCAUAAUAGAUGAGGAUGAGGAUGAUGAAGAUGACUAUUUUUCAGAAAAGCGUCCACACACUGCUUCCUUGAUUGUUGACGUUGGAGAAGAAGCUAAAUUUGAUGUGACCUUUGUUGCAAAUGGUACUGAGCGAAGUGAAGGUACAAUUAAGAUAUCAGUACAAGACAACCAGUAUGAAGACACCAUGAUUCAGUUAGUUGGAGAAGGCUAUGAAGAUGAUAUUACUCUAGAUAAUAUUCAUGGAUGUAUUAAUAAUGAAAAUAUUGAAGCAUUAUUAAGUCAAGAAGAAGUAUCAGCUGCUCCUUCCAACUUAAUCAACUUUGGUGACUGUCACAUAGGAGAACCUAGAACUUUAUCUUUCACUAUGACCAACCACAGUAAAGCAGACAUUGUGAGAUUCCAGUGGCCUGAACACCCUGAGUGCAAAUUCUCACCAAUGAUUGGACAUCUUUAUCCUGCUUCUGCUAAAGAUAUGACUAUUACUUUUAAAACUGAUGUACCCAAGACUAUUGAGGAAGCCAUUAUAUCUUGCAAAGUUACCAAGAUCACUUUUGAUUUACCACCAAACCAGUUAAAUGAUUGGGAUGACCGUAUGAGAGUUGUUAAAUGGAUAGACGUGCCCACCCAACCGGCUAGACAACAGGUAUCAGCAGAAGCUGCAAGUAGACCAAAGUCAAACUCAGAACUCAAGAAGGAAGAACGCGAGAGCAAAAGAGAUCACAAAAAACAAGCAGAGCUAGAAAAAGAGAGAGAAAGAGAAAGGGAAAGGGAGCGAUUGGAAGAAGAAAUGAGAAAGAAAGCUAUGGAGCCUGUACAGACGCCUAGGCCUGCAAAGAGAAAGGUUGUGGAGACAGAACCAGAGCCAGAAUUUACUGCUGUAGAGGAUACUGCUAGAGAUAUUGAUCUGAUUGUCAGUGCCAAUGCCGAUUACUCAAAGUAUAAAUGCAAGACAGAUUCUGUACACUUUAAAGACACACUUAUGUUUCAGACAAGAGUUUACCAAUUUCAGUUAAAUAACAAGGGUAAUGUGCAGCUGGACUACAACUGGCAAGUAAUCCUGGAAGAUAGCAGGAAAUCAGUUAGCUUCGCUGAUGAGGACAAUCUACGUUUAACAACUCCGCGUAGUUUCAGUGCUGUCACUGACAUACCUGAGAUUAUACCAUUUAGCAUUGAACCUGAUGUUGGCACUGUCGCUGUUGGCAAGAAACAAAACUUUACUGUCAAGUUUUCACCCAUUGAUGUACAUGAAUUUGAAGGCAGGUUGAUUUGCAGAAUACACAACUUAGAGGAAGGGAAACAAGGUCCAGUCAUCUUGGUACGUGGGCGUAGUUUAAUGCCGUACUGUCACUUUGAACUUGAAGACUCUGACUACAUAACUGGAGCACGUCGCAAUCCUGCAUUACCGGGACCCAAAGGUGCACCCCCUGGAUCCACUUUAGAUGCCAAUACUAGAGUUAUAGAGUUUAGUUCAGUUGGUAUUAAUGUCAAAAAUUCAAGGCAAUUUUUCAUCGUGAAUCCCACUCAGGCCAAUUAUUCAUUUAUCUGGUCAUGUGACGAUGAAGAGGAUGCAAAAAAUCCCACGGUAUUCCACUGUGGUGCUCCAGGGGGACUUAUCAACUCUGGAAAGAAACACCUAGUCAGCUUCGCUUACAUACCAAAUCAGCUUGGUAUUGUGGAAUCAUUCUGGCGGUUUAGCAUACCCGAACAAAAUAUCUCUGUACCCUUCUUACUUGUUGGUAAUACAAGAGAACCUGCCAUUUCUACAGAUAGAUCACAUAUCAACUUUAAAUCUCUUUUGCUAGGUCAUCGGGCUAGAGAGACUGUAUGUUUAAUUAAUAACGAGUCACUUGCCUUUGAAUAUGAAAUUCUUGAAUCAUCGUGUCACUCUGAAGGCUUCGCAUCGCACUUGGAUGUAACUCCACUCAAAGCCAUUGUACCACCCAAUUCUAGGUUGCCUAUUGACAUCUAUUUUGCACCAGUGGUGGAGAAGGAAGUUAACUUUAAUCUUGAGAUCAACAUACAGAGAAAGACACUGCCGAUUUAUCUCAAUGUUAAGGCAGAAGGUUACUCAAUGAAUGCAGCAUUGCUCUGUGAAGACUCCUUUGGGAAAAAAGUGGAACUCACAUCAAAGGGACUUAAUGAAAUAAACUUUGCUGAGGUGGAAAUGAAUGAAAAGGCAGUUCGUCAACUUUGGAUUGUUAAUUCUGGACGGUUUAACUUUGAUUUUGAAUGGACACUAAAUGAAAGAUCUGGUAGAAGAGAAAAGAUGAUGAGUAUUACACCAGGCUUGGGUGGUGUGUCUCAUAAUGAUAGAAAGAAAUGCACAUUGUCAUUUAAACCACCUGGUAAAGUUACACUCAGAGGAUGUGAACUCUCCCUCAAGAUUACCAACGGUCCAAUAUAUAACAUUAAUGUGACUGGUUACGGUGUAGCCCCUGGGCUUCAUUUCUCAUUUACCAAGUAUGACUUUGGCCCCUGUUUUAUCUACCGAGCUGGUAUGCCUGAACAUAAAGCAUUGCUGAAAGUCACAAACAGGGACAACAAAGAUAUCAGCUUGGAUUGUCAUUAUACCAGUACAACUUACCUUGAUGUCCAGUUUGAAGCCACCGUGCUAGAAGCCGAUAAAAGUAUUGAUAUCCCAUUUACAUUUUAUCCUCGAGAGUCCAUCAAAUACCAUGAAAUCAUUCCAUUUGAGAUUAAUGGACUGUCCAGGACAAAUAUUGAAGUUUUCGGAGAAGGUACAGAGAUGAGAGUGGAGGUGGUCAACCCACGGGAUAAAACUGUUAACUUUGGUGCUUUGCGAGUUGGUCAGACAAUGAAACGUGUUGUACCUCUUAUUAACAACAGUCCAUGUCCAAUUACAUUCAAAAUUGUCAUUACUCCAAUGAGCUCAUCUCUACAGCAACUACCAAGUGUACUGACCUUGUCUAAUACUGAUAAGAUAACACUCAAACCAAGAGGAGGAACGCAUAAUCUAGAGGUCAUAUUUAGUCCAAAAUGUCGUAUACCUAAAUUUACUGAAGAGGUGAUUUUGGAAUGUGAGAGCCUCUCCCAACCAGUGUUUGUAGUGUCUGGGCUCUGUCAAGGAAUUGAUAUCAAUCUAGAUCAAGACUCUAUUCCAUAUGGUGCUGUAGUUCUCAAGAGUUCAAGUAGUAGACGUUUACUUAUGCACAAUACUGGUGACAUUGGAGCUGGAUUUAAAUGGAAUGCUCAGAAGUUUGGACCUGAUUUCUCAAUUACACCAACUAAAGGUUAUAUAUCAUCUGGUAUGACAGUGUCAUUUGAAGUAUCAUUCCAUCCAACUGAAAUUUGUCAAGAUAUCCGUUAUGAUAUGUUACGUUGUGAAAUAGAGGGAGGCAAACCUCUAAAGUUGGUGUUAACAGGAAUGUGUGUGCCCUGUCAACCACAGAAAGAAGUCUUACAUUUCAACACUCAUGUCAGAAUGAAGGAGACUAAAAACCUGACACUCACCAACCGUACUAAUCAAUUAUGGAAUCUGAGGCCACUGAUUGAUGGUGAAUACUGGGCCGGUGCGGAUGCAAUUACUAUAGAACCACAGCAGAGUAAAGCCUAUGAAAUUGUCUACAGGCCAUUGACUAUGACCAAAGAAGGCAAAAAACAUACAGGAACUGUAUUCUUUGCUCUGCCUGAUGGUUCUGGAUUGUUAUACAAUCUGACUGGUGUAUCAGAGGCACCAAAAGCUGCCGGAAGUGUAACACGUGAAGUACCAUGUAAGACUCAAUAUACUGAACUUUUGUCAAUCUCAAACUGGCUCAGAAAACCACAAAGAUUUCGAGUUGAAAUAGAGCACAUCAAACCUGACAAAUUAGAUCAAGCAUCUAUUAUGAAAGGGUUGGAAUACAUUGAUGUACCAGGAUUGGCUAAGAAAGAUUAUAAACUAAAUUUCCAUGCACAUAAGGAAGGUACUUACUUAUCAAAGAUCACGUUCAUGAACAAAGACACUGAAGAAUUCCAAUUUUAUUUUGUGACAUUUAAAGCCACCCCACCUGGUGUGAUUGGUUCUAUUGAAAUGUCCACACCAGUACGUCUUUCUACAUCAUAUACCGUUAAGAUUGACAACCCCCUGGGUUUCCAAGUAACCUUCAUUACCAACUGUACUAUCCCAGAAGUCAUGUUGCCAGCACAGUUUUUAGUUCCAGCCCAGUCAGAGGGUAAACUGAAUAUUGAAUACUUGCCUUUGAAAGUUGGAGAAACCACUGGUAAACUGCAGUUGACCAGUAAUGAACUUGGAUUAUACCAGUAUGACAUGAGCUUAUGUGCUACAGCAGCUGGACCAGAGAAAGCACUCUACUUUAGAUCUGCACUGGGUGGACAUCAACAAGUCAGUGCUAAGCUGAUUAAUUUUGCUAAAGUUAAGACAGAGUUGGUUUGCAAGGUGGAUAGUAAUGAAUUUCACACCGAUAAAACAGUACCUGUAGUGCGUGCAUCCAGUGGCGGCACUGAAUUCAACGUAGAUGUUACGUUUGAACCAUCCAAACUGGGAGAAACUCGAGCCACUUUGACAGUGUGUUCACCGCAAGCUGGUGACUAUAUCAUACCGUUAUUUGGUACAUGCAUUGCACCAAAACCACAGGGGCCCUACACUAUCAAAGCAGGCUCAUCGACUUCCAUUCCUUUCCGUAACGUCUUCUCUCACACAACCGCAUUCACAUUCCAAGUGGACAACGCGUCUUUUACCUGCAAGCCAGGUGAAAAUAUUCGUGGCAAGAAGACACACAAUAUCAUAGUAGGGUUUGAAGGCAAUUCCGAUAGCUCCAAAGCUCCUAAGAUGGGCAAGCUUGUUGUGACAUGUCCCAGAUCAGCUGGUGGGGCAGCUAAUGUUGCAUGGACAUUCUACUUAAAAGGAAUAACAUUAUAAUGAUUCAUUUACAUAUUGUAACAAGCAUGUCAUGUUCCUAAGCUAACAAAUAUCCAAAUAAAAAAUAAAGGGUUCAUUUCUAAAUUGAAAAUUUUACCAUAUGCUCAUCAUCUACUCCAUCCUCCAUAUCACUGUAUAACUUUUUGUAAUUCUACUGCUCCUUUUAAAUAUGUAAAUAUACUUGCUAAUACUGAAACCACUGAUUUGAAUAACAUAUUGCUUUUCUCUACUGAUAGUGUGGAUAUUCGAGUCUCUUUAAUGCAAGUUUCUCACCUAUGUUGUGCCAUGUUUAAUGCAUGGGUAUGGACAUUCACAGCAAGAUACUGCUGUUCAUGUUGUGUUGUAAACCUUAGCCAUGGUUUGUGUGUUUUCUACUCCCACACUUUAAUAUUUUGUUUAUUAUAUUUCAAGAAAAUAGUAUGUACAAAAAUAAUAAGAUUUAAAAUAACAUUGUAAAUAAAAUUUUGAGUGUAAAUGUAUUGAUUGUGAAUA